CCCCUUGAAACCACCCUUCAAGAAUUCCUCUUCAGCACACAAUAUCUCUUUUUACUUCUGCAAGCAACUUCAUCCUCUUUCUCGCAAUGGAGGGACAAUCUAGGAGGCUGGUAAUCCACGCUCCGGCCGGUCCGGUGGCCGGUCCGGCGUUGUCCAAACCCAAAGCUGCGGCCGAGCCGGGCGGCUCCUUCACCUCGUUCGAUGCCAAUGUCAUCAUGGUUCUGGCUGUCUUCCUCUGCGCCGUGAUAUGCGCGCUCGUCGUCAACGGCGUCGUCCGGUGCAUCCUCCGGCUGACGAACCGGGCUUGGGUCGGGCCCGAGCCACCUGGCGCGUUGGACCGGCCGGCCCCAACCCGGGUUGGCAGGAAGGAGGCCUUGAUGGCAUUGCCAACUUUGGUCUACUCGGCCGGGCUCGGGCUGCCACUUGCCGGCUCCGACUGCGCCAUAUGCCUCUCCGAGUUCCUGCCCGGCGAGCGCGUCCGGGUGCUCCCCAAGUGCAACCAUGGCUUCCACGUCCGGUGCAUCGACCGGUGGCUCGCGUCCCGGUCGUCGUGUCCGAUGUGCCGGCAGGGCCUGUUCGGCUCGUGCCCGGUGAUCUUUGGGUGCAGGGAAGUGGGCCUGACCGGACGAACUCAGCCGGCCGUGGUGCCAGUGGACCCGGAACAGGGUUUCCCGGUUGGGUACAGGGUAGAUUCCUAGCGGUUUGUUGAGACAUGUACACUUGUAUAUACUGGGAGUGGGUUGUGCACUGGCUUUAGAUACUGGCUUAGUUUGAAAGGUACCGGUUUGUAGUCUUCUUUGCCGCUUUUAUUUCGACUGGUUCUUGUCGUUCAGGUGUACUGGGAAUCUAGUCAAGUUAGAUAUAUUUGAGGUGUAGUCAAGUUCAUUGCAUGUUUGGUUAGGAUAUAAAGUUUGCAAGAAAAGUGCAAUGAUUUGAUUAUGUUACGUUGCAUAUAUUGGGUCUAGUAGAAAUGAAAUCUAAUCUUUCAGGAAAGAAGCCCGCCGCCUACGUGUAUGGAAGUCGAAUCCAGUUGUGCAGGAGAACUGAAUUCAACUUGAAUGAAGCAUAAAUUUUGAA